AACUAUUUUAAUUAUAACAAGUAACAUCCACUUUACCUCUUUACCCAUAUUUUAAACUCAUCUCAUACGGAAAAUCGAUAAACCUUCUGGAAGCAUGCGCGACCCUUGAAUGAAGAGAAAAUCCAUCCGAUCAAAAGUUAGUUGUGUUGCGGAACUGUAGUGAAAAUCGUCGAGUUUUUUUUAUAACUACAUCAAAAUAAUCACUGCCGGAUUAAAGACGCCAAUUUAAAUAAACCCAACAAAUAGCCGAUUUUAUAAUAAAAAUCAAAUGGACGACGGUUUAGAUACAGCGGGUAAACCCUUUAAAAUCACCGACUACGCCCGGGAACAUAGAAAAGGUGUGGUUGCAAACUCUUUGGAAGACCUAACCUUAAAAAUUCGUGAAAAAUUGGGUACGAUGGGUCAAAUAACGAUAGUAUUAGAAAAUGAUGGUACGGAAAUCGACGACGACGAAUAUUUCGCUACAUUGGACCCCCAUACAAACUUAAUGGCGCUAUCGGAGGAUCAAAAGUGGGCCCCACAAUUACCUCAUUGCAGGAUUAGUACGGAUCAAUUAGACGAUGGGAAAUCCGGGCCUGAAUUAGCAGGAUUAGUUGGAAAAUUAAAAAGUAAUUUGUGUCACGUUUCGUUAUUGGGAGGGCCCGAAUUAGAAUUAUUAAGUGAUAUGGAUCCCGAUUCAAUCGUUGACAUCACCUUUCCGGAUAAAAUCUUUUUGGAGCAACUCAAAGAAGCUUCCGGAAGGUAUCUCAGUGAGAAACGUCAGGCGCAAGAUGCGAUGGAUUUGUUGAGGUUGUAUCAAGAAAAAGAGGCAGCCGCCGAAUCUGCUAAUACGCAGUAAUAAAAAUUUUAAAAAAAAAGAUUAAUUACAAAGAAAAUUGAUGAUGAUAAAGCAAUGAAAAUUGAAGCCAAUUGAUUAAUUACAAUUCAUAAGACUGAACCGGACAUGAUACAAAGAAAAAAUAAAAAAAAUCGUCACUGAUUAUUAUUACGAGAUCUGUUUGCUCAAAGGUAUCGACUUAAAAUAUGGUAAAUACACUUUAAAAAAGCAAAAAGUUAAUAAUAAAAAUAUAAACGAACACAAUCGACGCCACGAAAUUCUAAUUGUAACUAAUAAGGAUUGAUUUUUAAGGCAUUUUAAGAACCGCACAUUGUACACUAAAUACGUGAAUUGAGAUGAAUAUAACACCUUUAUUUAAUUA